AGCUGUCAGACAAAGGCUUUCUUUACUGAUGUUGAUCAGCCUUGAUACUGUAGCAUGGGAGCCGAAAGAGUAAUUACGAUGCCCAGUCGUAAAAACAACACCAUAUAUGAAAACUGGAAAGUGUAUUCCAAGCAUGGAAAGCUAAUGUUUCGCUGCAAUGCCAAGAAAGCUCAGUGGUAUCUGAAGCGACAGUUGGCUGUUACGAAGGAAGACAAUCACUCCAUUCAACUGACAUUUGAAGCCAAAGGCAACGGUCACCGUGAAAACGAUUACCUCAUUGAAGAUCGGAAAAACGUCUGUGUGGCUUGCGGAUCAGAUCAGCAAUUGACGUUGCACCAUGUUGUCCCAGAGAUGUAUAGACGGUGGAUGCCUUUGGUGAUUAAAUCAAAAUCGAGUCGAGAUAUUUUACCUUUAUGUAAAAUCUGUCAUAAUCUGUACGAAGACGAAGCUAUGAAGCUAAAAAAACACUAUGUCAAGCAUUAUGAGAUACCUUUGGAAGGCAAAGGCUGGAUUUCAAAACCAAAAAAUCGUUAUGCUCGGAAGGCCGCCACGGCUUUAUUACGUUGCUCCGAUAAGAUACCAGCCGAUCGACAACAGGUGUUGAAACAAGCGGUUAUUGAUUUUAGUGCAGAACAAGAAGACUGGCGCGACCUGUCCUUUGAAGAAAAGCUCGAACGAUGCAGUGAGCUGACCGAUUUGUUUCAGGGACCUGAUUUUGUGGAGCACGGUGAAUAUGUGAUCGGCCAACUCAUGCUACAAAAAGUAAUAAUCGACAGCAAGGAGCGAUGGCCAGACUUGGAACGAUUUAUCAAGGAAUGGCGGCAACAUUUCCUAGAUCAUUUAAAACCCAAACAUCUAAGUCCACGCUGGACAGUGGACAGCGACAUUUAUACCAAUUAAUUGUGCGGGAAGAGGCGCGAGUACAGUAACCGGGAACAUGGCAAGCCUGCAUACGGGUGGUCCUUAUCAUUUUACCGCCAGUAUUCCGUCAGGGAAUACAAUGUCAGCUGGCAAUCAUCAUUUUGGAUCAUCACUUAUCUUUUGUGCAAGUAUAGAAUUUCUCAUGUGUAUUUCUUGGGUAAAUUAAAUACAUGAACCUAUUCAACCGAAAAAACUAGGAAUGCUCGGAUAAUAUACGAGACAUAUCAAACAACUGUGCCAAAAGUCGCUCAUUUUGUCUACAACAACGAAACGGCUUGGUAUCAAUAUAGCGAAUCAUCACAGCAGGCAGCCAUGCUAUUCUUCGUAGAGGUCUACGUCAAAGUCAAUCGUUUCUUCCUCUUUUUCAUUUUAUUUCGAUUCCGGACAAUCGACUUUUUAAUAACAUCUGAAUCAUUGGUCGGCUGCACGGACUAGGUGUUUUCUCUCUCUCUCUCUCUCUCUCUCUCUCU